AUGUUUGCAUCAAUUCAUAGUGCAAGGCAAAUGACAUGGAAUCAUACAUAUUUCAAUAGUUCAGGCAUGAUGCGAUAUCCAUCUGAUGGCGAGGCAUGGAAACACUUUGAUAGAGUACAUACAGAUUUUGCAGCAGAACCCAAAAAUGUCAGGCUUGGAUUAUGCUCAGAUGGUUUUACUCCUUAUAUCCAAUCGUCAAAAAUUGCCUAUUCUUGUUGGCCAGUUAUUGUUACCUCGUACAAUAUCCCUUUUGAGAUAUGCAUGAUGAAACCUUACAUGUUUUUGACAUGCCUCAUUCCAGGACCGUUGAGUCCAAAAGCGGGAAUAGAUGUUUAUUUGCAACCUUUAGUUGAUGAUUUGAAAAGGUUGUAUCAGUGUUACUGA